CCGAGUAUCAGGAAUACUUGACACUGGCACUGGGACAUACGUGAAUAUUGGAAAUUAUUCAGGAUUUCAGCGAGACAUUUCCAGGGAGCAGACGACUUGGAAUUAUUUGGCAUGUAAAAUAUCAGAAAAGCCAUGUCAAGGAUUCUGGGUUCUUUCGUCUCGUUCUGGGGAACUGUCAACCGGAAGAAGACAAUUACAGAUAAUUUUCACGAGACGCCGCUGAAGAAAUGCUUGAGCACGUUCGAUAUGACGCUGCUGGGGGUUGGGCAGAUGGUCGGAGCUGGAAUAUACGUCCUUACCGGCACUGUUGUUAGGGACUUGGCCGGACCGUCCGCCAUAUUGUCGUACGUGUUUGCUGGAUUCGCUGCCAUCUUGUCUGCUCUGUGUUAUGCUGAGUUCGGGGCCCGUGUUCCUAAAGCUGGCUCCGCCUACUCGUAUACGUACAUAGCAAUCGGCGAGCUAUGGGCGUUCUUGAUUGGUUGGAACAUUGUGCUGGAGCACAUCCUCGGUUCUGCUUCAGUUGCCAGGGCGUGGAGCGGAGCAAUAGAUUCGCUGUUCGACGGAGCAAUACGGAAAGGUACAUUGGAAUCUAUCGGAUACCUCAGCCAUGAUUCGCCAUGGAUAUCAGACUACCCAGACUUUAUCGCAAUGACAAUUACCAUACUUAUAUUUCUAGUGAUUGCUAGUGGGGCUAAAUUUACUGUCCACUUUAAUACAGUGUUUACCAUGAUCAACUGCCUGGUAAUCUUGUUCUUGAUCUGCGCCGGUUUUGCGUUCGCUGACGGCCGCACGUGGUCGGAACAUGGAGGUUUCUUUCCGUACGGAUUUGGAGGCUCGCUAGCGGGGGCCGCCACGUGUUUCUACGCCUAUAUUGGCUUUGAAGGUAUCGCUGUGUCCGGUGAAGAGGCCAAGGACCCGGAGAAGUCCAUUCCGAUUGCCACAGUAACGUCACUGCUGAUAGUAUCGUUCAUCUAUGUCCUGGCAACAACAGCGCUGACUUUGAUUGUUCCUUAUACAGACAUUGAUCCGUCGGCAGCUUUUCCAAUGGCUUUUGCAGAAAGGGGGAUAACAUGGGCGAAAUAUUUAGUUGGAAUUGGAACACUCUUUGGUAUCACUACGUCAUUGCUCGGAAGCGCUUAUUCUCUUCCGCGGGCGGUUUACGCCAUGGCGCAAGACGGUCUACUUUUCAAAUCUUUAGCGUACGUACAUCCUCGAUUUCAAACUCCAGUUGUUGCAAUAGCGGUGUUUGGAGCAGUCUCUGCCCUGAUGGCAUUCUUGUUUGAAAUUACAACUCUGGUAGAGUUUAUGUCUAUAGGGACUUUAACCGCCUACACAAUAGUUUCAGCAUGCGUCAUUGUCCUGCGAUACCUCCCUGUGUAUAAAUGCCAAUUCAAACUGAAACCGGAAGAUGACGUCAUCAACCCUGAAUCUACCUCCAUCGGCGAAGAAUCUUCAAUUAUCAAAAAGUCAAAAAGCCAAGAUGAAUUUGGACGAUUAAAACAAAAUCUUAAGGCAUUCCCAAUUCUGAAUAAGUUUGAACCAGGAAACGCCGUCAUGUUGGCGACCUUCCUUUUGAUAGUGAGUAUAAUAUGUCUGAAUGCCACGGUUAUCUUUGGCUACGAGUAUGUGAGCGGAGGAUCCUGGUGGGCCAUACUGUUGAUUAUAAUCUUUGCUGCCAUGGUGAUCGUCUGUUACCUUGCGAUGGUGGCGCACGAGAAAAAUGACGCUUUCCUGACCUUCCAGAUUCCGUUGGUCCCCCUUAUUCCUGCGCUGAGUAUAGCCUGCAACACUGCCCUCAUGAUGAAGCUGGGUCCACUGACAUGGUUACGUCUAGGGAUAUGGUUACUAAUCGGUUUCGUUCUGUAUUUCACGUACGGCUUGUGGAACAGCGUAGAGGGUCGAUCGACAAACUACGGUCCAAUGGUUACGUAUGAAGGCGAGGCUGACAUAUCACGUGGUACUCUCGCGCGACUUGACGAGGAGGUGGUUCAGCAGCAACCAAUCAACAAAGACCAACAACCUACCUAUGGCAACAUGUGACAUGCGCAUAUCCUAAGUCACAAAAAACUAACUUCCGCGCUAUGUAUUGUGCUUGUAAAUAGCAGUGACAGUUUGGAAAACCAGCAUGUGUUUCAAAAUUAUUUUUCCGAUUUGAAUGGUCAUGUAAAAGGGAAUUUAGAAGUUGCUUUUUCAAAUCUUAUUAAAUGCAAGGAUUGCAUAAAAAAUAUUUCUGGAUUUUUCCGAAUCAAGAAUGGCGGAAAUUGGGCGGGCGUCGGUUCGGGUGUCGUUAUUUUUGCGUUUUAAGUGUCAUCAUUAGCAGAUUGAAUUCGAUCGUCAUGAAACUGUCAGAAUAUUUCUCAACAUGGUAUUUUAGACCUUUGUGAAUGUAAGUCACCUCUGGUGAAGAAAACUAGGUCACUAGAUCAAAUAUUGAGGCAAAGAUUUGUGCUUUAGUUCCUUAUUUCUUCACAAAUUCACCAGUGUUCUUACAACCUUCUUACAACCUUCAAGCAUCUCUCAAAUAACAGGUGU